AUGGUGGUUACAGGAAAUGAUUCUGAAGAAAGAAAGGCCCUACAGGAGUACUUGUCUAGAGAGUUUAAAAUGAAAGAUCUAGGUCCUCUGAAAUAUUUUCUUGGGAUUGAAGUAUCUCGAUCCAAUAAAGGAAUAUUUUUAUCCCAAAGGAAAUAUGCCUUAGAUCUUUUACAAGAAACCGGAAUGUCAGGAUGCCAACCAAUUGGUACACCAGUGGAAGAAUGCCUAAAGUUAUGUGUGGAGCCCAACCAGGUACUGGCUGAUAAAGGAAGAUACCAAAGACUUGUUGGGAGAUUGAUGUACUCAGCCCAUACAAGACCAGAUCUAGCUUAUGCAUUAAGUAUUGUCAGUCAGUUUAUGCAUAAUCCCGGAGAGCAACAUAAGAAUGCAGUUAUGCGGAUUUUGAGGUAUUUGAAAUCUGCUCUUGGAAAGGGAAUUUUGUUCACAAAGAACUCAGAUCAUCAAAGCAUAGAAGCGUAUACUGAUGCUGACUGGGCUGGUGUCGUGGAUGAUAGGCGAUCUACUUCUGGUUACUUUACCUUUGUAGGUGGUAAUCUUGUGACAUGGAGAAGCAAGAAACAAAAUGUUGUUGCUCGCUCAAGUGCAGAAGUUGAGUUCAGAGGUAUGACAUUAGGACUUUAUGAGGCAUUAUGGCUAAGACUACUCUUGCAGGAUUUGGGCUAUCUAUCUAGGCAACCAAUUCAACUGUUUUGUGAUAAUAAAGCGGCAUGUGACAUUGCUCAUAAUCCAGUUCAACAUGAUCGUACAAAACAUGUCGAGGUACACAGAUUCUUUAUCAAUGAGAAGUUGGAUGACAAAAUCAUGGAGUUACCAAAGAUUCGAUCAGAAGAUCAGUUGGCUGAUAUCCUCACUAAAGCAGUUUCAAGCCGAAUGUUCUCAAAGUUUUGA